GGUUUCGCAAUACCACCCCUGGGCUCCCCAUCUAAACCGCCCCCGCCUCGCCCCCCCAUUCCCUGCGAGCUCCACACAGCAUCACACCGCAUUUCUCAUUCUUCCUCCCCACGUCGCCGUAGCAGCUAGCUAGCCGGGAGGGAGGGGCCGCCGCCGCCGAGUGAGGGAGCCGGAGGAGGCGGGUUGGAGGCAGGGCGGAGAUGGGGCGCGGGCCGGUGCAGCUGCGGCGGAUCGAGAACAAGAUAAACCGGCAGGUGACCUUCUCCAAGCGCCGCAGCGGGCUGCUCAAGAAGGCGCACGAGAUCUCCGUGCUCUGCGACGCCGAGGUCGCGCUCAUCGUCUUCUCCACCAAGGGCAAGCUAUACGAGUACUCCAGCCAGGACAGUAGCAUGGAUGUGAUUCUUGAACGUUACCAACGUUACUCAUUUGAAGAAAGAGCUGUACUGGAUCCAAGUAUUGGAAACCAGGCAAACUGGGGAGAUGAAUAUGGAAGUUUGAAGAUAAAACUCGAUGCACUCCAGAAGAGUCAAAGGCAACUCUUGGGUGAACAAUUGGACCCACUCACCACAAAAGAACUCCAACAGUUGGAACAACAGCUUGAUAGUUCUUUGAAGCACAUAAGGUCAAGAAAGAAUCAACUUCUCUUUGAGUCUAUAUCUGAGCUUCAAAAGAAGGAGAAGUCAUUAAAAGAUCAGAAUGGCGUCCUGCAGAAGCACCUCGUAGAGACAGAAAAGGAGAAAAAUAACGUUUUGUCAAAUAUUCAUCACCAAGAGCAGUUGAAUGGAGCAACAAAUAUCAAUCACCAGGAGCAGCUGAAUGGAGCAACAACAAGCUCACCGUCACCUACACCAGCGACAGCCCAAGAUUCCAUGGCGACUCCAAAUAUUGGGUACUUAUGCUUCCACUUAGGCCAUAUCAAUCUAGAGAAUCAGGAGGGGGGAAUCCAGAACCUCAGCCGUCUCCAGCACAAGCAAACAACAGCAAUCUACCACCGUGGAUGCUCUCCACCAUCAGCAACAGAUGAAGGCUGGCGACAGCCUCAUAUGACUCCACCUGAAGGCGAGAAUGGCGUAUUGUUUCCACGUUUCGGUUCCAUUUUUUUCCUGUACUAUAAGAUACAGCGUCUUGUUUCCACGUUCCGGUUCCAUUUUUUUCUCCUAUCGAUGAGCACGAUCUUGUGGUUGGAGUUAAGUGUGUAAGCUUUAAUGGACUUGCGGUAUGUUUUUACUUGUGACGGUUUUUGUAUUCCAUCCGUUGUAAAAAAGCAAAAGGGCGCUGCCUUCUCUUUACAUUGUUAUUAAAAAAAAGAGUAGGGCACUAAACUUUUCGCAAA